UAUGAAGUGGCCCUCGGGGGCCAGCAGUCCGAGAGCCCCCGGGGAAGGUGGAGCGCGCGGCCCAGGGCAGCAGCCUGGAGACGCCGGGGCCGGGAUGUAGGGGCUGCCGCCCACGAUGGACCGCGUCGGGAACGAUUCGGACUCGCCGCCGCAGGUGUGCACUUCGCAAGGUUCCUGACCGUGCUCCUGAGCAGUCGCCCCUUCUCUGACUCCGGUCAGGCUGGACUCUGCAAACCUGCUUCCGCAAUGGGUGGGUUGUGAGCGCUGGUAACGAGGAGCUGUGGGCCCAGCCAGUCUUGGAGAUGCCGAAAAGACGGGACAUCCUUGCGAUCGUCCUCAUCGUGCUGCCCUGGACACUGCUUGUCACUGUGUGGCACCAGAGCACCAUUGCACCUCUCCUCACUGCACACAAGGAUGACAGCAGUGAUCCCCGGCGCAGCACACCACUGGGCACGGACCCCAGGGAGUACUGCAUGUCCGACCGCGACAUUGUGGAGGUGGUGCGCACCGAGUACGUGUACACGCGGCCCCCACCGUGGUCUGACACGCUGCCCACCAUCCACGUGGUAACGCCCACCUACAGCCGCCCGGUGCAGAAGGCCGAGCUCACACGCCUGGCCAACACACUGUUGCACGUGCCCAACCUGCACUGGCUGGUGGUGGAGGACGCGCCACGCCGCACGCCACUGACCGCACAUCUGCUGCGCGACACGGGCCUCAACUACACGCAUCUGCACGUGGAGACGCCCCGCAACUAUAAGCUACGUGGGGACGCCCGUGACCCGCGCAUCCCACGGGGCACCAUGCAGCGCAACCUGGCCCUGCGCUGGCUGCGCGAGACCUUCCCCCGCAACUCCAGCCAGCCCGGGGUGGUGUACUUCGCUGACGAUGACAACACUUACAGUCUGGAGCUCUUUGAGGAGAUGCGCAGCACCAGGAGAGUGUCCGUGUGGCCUGUCGCCUUCGUCGGCGGCCUUCGGUACGAGGCCCCACGGGUCAACGGAGCAGGGAAGGUGGUCGGCUGGAAGACAGUGUUUGACCCCCACAGACCAUUUGCAAUAGAUAUGGCUGGAUUUGCAGUCAACCUGCGCCUCAUUCUGCAGCGAAGUCAGGCCUACUUCAAGCUGCGUGGCGUGAAGGGAGGCUACCAGGAAAGCAGCCUCCUCCGAGAACUGGUCACCCUCAAUGACUUAGAGCCCAAGGCAGCCAACUGCACCAAGAUCCUGGUCUGGCACACACGCACAGAGAAGCCAGUGCUGGUGAACGAGGGGAAAAAAGGCUUCACUGACCCCACUGUGGAGAUCUGAGCCCCAGGAUACAGGAGCCUCCCUCUCAGACCCUGUUCCCGGCCUUCCAUCCUCUCCCCACGGCUGAUGGUCCCUCCAAGGCAAACUCCUAAGGAAUGGCCAUCACCUUCCUUUCUGUUCUGGGGCUUCAGAGAGAGCCCAGCCCGAUGCCAGGACAAAGGACGGAGAACCUAAAGCACAGAAAUCCCACACCUGUUGUUCUCUUCCAUCCAGCGUGACCAGGGCCCAGCUGCUAGCCAAGCUCCCCCAGCCAGUGCACCGGUGCCCCAGUACGCCUCCCCAGAGCUUCCUGUACCAACAGGCCUGCAGAAGCAGACUCAUGGGCACCCAGGCCCCAGAGUGAUGUCGAACUGGGAGGGAGGUGCAAAGACUCGGCAGUCAAGUAAAGGGUGGCCCUCCCCAGCACCCUGCUCCUGGGGCCCAGCAAGGCCACACAGACCAGCCAGCCAGAGAAUUCUGAAGACAAAAGAGCAGUCCCCGCCCAGGAGUGCCCCUCCUCUCCUCAGAGAGUUGCUCCCAAGUACACAUGCCUCUGUGGCUUUCCCCUAGUUCCUGUUUCCAGAGUAUAAGGCUGUCUUUGAUGCCAAAGGGCGACCAGCCCUGCAUGAGGGGAGCCUGGGUCUGCCAACUGGCUCUCCCUGUACCUCAGUACCUCAUGCUGUGGUGGGAGCAGAGCCCCUUCCACCAGCCCACGCCCCUCAAGCCUGCUCCUUGCAGCACUGAGAAGCAGGUGGGCCCUCAAGCCAGCACAGGUCAUGGACUGACCUGGACUAAGACCACGUGGGUCCCUGUCCCCACACUGCCUCCCCACUGCCCACUGGGCUUUAGGGCCCCUUGCCUGGGCUGGGAUAGGGAGGGCAGGAGCCCUCUUCCUGAAGCUCUUGAGAACCACAGACCUCAGUGGCUCGAGUGAGCAAGGGGCGGGGGAGGCAGAAAGAGGAGGGAGGCAGGGGUGACUCCAAGACUCUUUCCUGCCCCUGGUUUGAGGGAGAGGGACUUUGCAUUAGCAGAGGGAUUUAUGGGAAAGGGGCAGAGAUCAUUUCGACACUGAGGAAAGGAGACCUGAGCACACACUACUUUGGAAAUUAUUCUAUUUUAAACACAAAAUGGGAAAGAAAAUCUCCCUUUUCUCUAAGUGUGGAGCAUGCAGGGCGAGCCUGCCUCAGGUCCAGCUGCACCCUUUCCUCUCCAGAGAAAGAACAGUGCAUGUGCUGCUCCCCUCUACCAGCAGGAAAGUGUGUUCAGUUCUCCAGGGCACUGAAAAGGCCCCUGGCUUUCAGACAGGACAGGGCCCUCUGGUGAUUAUCUCAUUUAUGCUCCUGAAAGUUGGAAGCACAAUUUUCUUCCCAAGUGGAAGAAAAGGAAAGAUCUGAGCCUACUGAAGAGGUGUUUAUUUUUUAACUGCUAACAGCUCCCACUCCAUUUAAACUCACAGGACCUGUCUGAGGACCACUGAGAACCCACUCCUGGGUGGGAGGUGGGGUAGAACUCAGUCGGGCGACCUAACAUUCAAAAAAUAGCAUUGACUGCCUAUUUUGAAAUGGAUUGAACUUCCCACGGUAGUCAUGAACCCAUCCGAUGGGAUUGUAUCCCUGAGAACCCUGAGCCACCUUGCAGUGUGUUCCCCAACCUCUUAACGUUUUCGAUGGUUGCUUUGGAAAUCAAUCCCUCAGAAUCAAGUGGCAUGGCAUGAGAGAGAAGGGAGGAGGUGGACACAGGGCAGUCAUCAAAUGAGUGAAUUUAGGCCCAGGCAUUCCACUGCCUCCUCACCGAAACCAGCCCUGAAUGCUCAGGUCAGCUCGGCUGGGCUUAGGCCACCUUCUCAGCCAAAUUACCCAGGGCUCAUUUUCAGGAAAUUGAUAAUGAACAACAAAAUGGGGUAUUCUCAUUCUCUCUCUCUCUCUCUCUCUCUCUCUCUCUCUCUCUCUCUCUCUCUCUCUUUUCUUUUUGGCAAAUGCUAGUUGAGUUGUUUUCACUUAAUAUCCUCUCUUAGCUGCAUGUGUAUUUAUUUAUAAUUAUAACCCUGGUGGACUGCAGCUUCCAUCUGUGUUGGGAAUGAGUUUGUUAUAAAUCAGAAUUGGGUCCAUGACUACAAUUUAUUUUCCAAACUCAGUCUGUUCCCUGCUCCCCAACAUACAGGAGUGAGGCCGGGGGUAGCUGUCCCAAACAGAGUAGGGGGAGGAUGGAGCCCAUGCAGCUGCACCAUCUGGUCUGUUUUAAUUUAACUAUUUAAUUUGUUUUUGGAAUUAAAAGUCAAAUAUGAUUUUUAACAGUCAUAAUCCUCCUCA